AGGAACUCUGGAUUCGGGGUCCGAGCGGGGACAGGCCAGAGGAACAGCGAGUGUCGCACCAGGGUUGAGCCGUGGGCGGCCGUUGAGGAAAACGAGGCUCUAAAGGCCCUGGAGGUAAAAGCCAGCGAUGGACCUGAUGAGACUUGCCCAGCUCUUCGUCAGCCCCCGCUCCCUGUCCAUCCUGCAACACCUUGACCCUCUCAAAGCCAGGUGGGCAGGAGGUAGGGAGGGGCCUGCAUGGCUGAGGGCCAUGGGGCCGACUGGGCCAAUACCAGCAGCCUGUAGCAGCUCCCUCUCUCAGCUGCCCCUCAGCCAGGGGAGCCAGAAGAACACACGCAGCCUCAGCUCUGAUCCGAGCCAGCCCAGCUCCAUGGCCACCCAGGAGGAAGAAGAGGAAGAGAGCUUUGGGACUCUUUCCAAUAAAUACUCCUCCCGGAGAAUGUUCCACAAAUCGACAGCCCAGUUGUAUAACCUACGGCUCAAGGAACAAGAUCAAGAAGAUAAGGAAAGGGAGCUGGAGCCAAAAUCAUGGCAAGGCCGGAGAAACACCCCUUACUGGUACUUCUUUCAGUGCAAACACCUGAUCAAGGAAGGAAAGCUGGCUGAGGCCCUGGACCUGUUUGAGAGGCAGAUGCUUAAGGAGGAGCGACUCCAGCCCCUUGAGUGCAACUACACGGUGCUGAUUGGGGGCUGCGGGCGGGCCGGCUACCUGAAGAAGGCUUUCAGGCUCUACAGCGAUAUGAAAAAGCGGGAUCUGGAGCCCUCAGAUGCCACCUAUACAGCCCUGUUCAAUGUCUGCGCUGAGUCCCCCUGGAAGGACUCCGCUCUGCAGAGUGCCCUAAAGCUACGGCAGCAGCUGCAGACCAACAACUUCCAGCUCAACUUGAAAACAUAUCAUGCCCUGCUGAAGAUGGCUGCCAAGUGUGCAGACCUUAGGAUGUGCCUGGAUGUGUUCAAGGAAAUUAUUCAUAAAGGGCAUGCGGUCACAGAGGAAACCUUCAGUUACCUGCUCAUGGGCUGCAUCCAGGAUAAGAAGACAGGCUUCCGAUAUGCCCUACAGGUGUGGAGGCAAAUGCUGAGUCUGGGGCUGCAGCCCAGCCGGCAUGGCUACAACCUACUUUUGGUGGCAGCUCGGGACUGUGGCCUGGGGGACCCAGAAGUGGCCUCAGCACUGCUCCUGAGGCCCAGGGAAGAGGUGGUGCCACUCCAGCCCCCGGCAGGUGGGCGGCAGGCAAGGAGGAAAGCCCAGGCCGGGACAAUUGACAGAGUGUCAGCUAAGUUGCAGGUGGAGACCCUGGAGAGGCAGCUGUUUCUGGAACCUUCUCAGGCACCUGAGAGGCCUCCAGAGCCUCGGGAGGACAGAGUCCCCAGCAAGGCCCAGCCCGAGAUGGACCCUGACCACACUGUGGCCCUUGCCUCCAUGACCUCUCAGCUGCUUCCCAGGGGGCUGGAGGUCAACCUCCUGAGUCUGGGGGUGGUUCCUCCCAUUGUGGUCUCCUUUGGGACUGUGACCACCUCAGCUGACAGGCUGGCUUUGAUGGGGGGCCUGGAGGGCUUCCUGGGCAAGAUGGCAGAGCAUGGACUCCGGCCUGACAUCAAAACCCUUACGCUGCUGGCUGAGGUGGUAGAUCCCAGUAGCCCUGCGGAGUCCUCGCUGCUGACCAUCCUGGACACGCACCAGGUGGAGGCCGAUGUGACAUUCUUCAACACUCUGAUGAGGAAGAAGAGCAAGCUGGGCGAUCUGGAGGGGGCGAAGACGCUGCUGCCAGUGCUGGCAAAGAGGGGAAUCGUCCCCAACUUCCAGACAUUCUGCAAUUUGGCCAUUGGGUGCCACAGGCCACAGGAUGGUCUGCAGCUGCUGGCAGACAUGAAGAAAUCCCAGAUGACCCCCAACACCCACAUCUAUAGCACCCUCAUCAAUGCAGCCCUCAAGAAGCUGGACUACACCUAUCUCAUCAACAUCCUGAAGGACAUGAGGCAGAACAGAGUCCCAGUGAAUGAAGUGGUCAUCCGCCAGCUGGAGUUUGCAGCCCAGUACCCCCCCACCUUUGACCGGUACAAAGGAAAAAACACCUACUUGGAGAAAAUUGAUGGUUUUCGAGCUUAUUAUAAGCAGUGGCUGAAAGUGAUGCCAGCAGAUGAAACCCCCCACCCAUGGCAGAAAUUCCGGACCAAGCCCAAGGGGGACCAAGACACUGUUCCUGAGGCGGAUAUGGACAGAGGCCUUGGGGGCAGGUGAUGGGGAGACCCAAGAGGACCUCCAGCAGAGCUGGAACAGAGUGCACAGUUUUCACAGCACUUUGUGGGAACUCCAGAAGUCCCUUUCAUAUUAAAGACAAAUGAAUGUGCUGGUGUAGUCUCAAGCAUGACAAAGUUUGGCCAGAGUUAAGAGCUGCAGUAUUUUGUACAAUGACAAAUGCUGGGCCUAGGGUGUCUGACAAGUUCACGACAGACAACACAGCUUGGGCCACUUCGGCACAUCAUCUCAGGCUGUCCUCACCUGAGAGGUUGUCAUCCCCAUGACUGAUAAGGAAAGUGAAUUUGAUCACGGUCACCUGGUACCUAAAGAGGUUGGAGUCGGGA